AUGGAGUUUUGCGGCAGUGCCCUGGCCGCCUUGGGCGUGGAAGUGCGGAAGACCAUCACCAGCAUGGUGGUUGAGGCCGGUGGCAAGAACGGCAUCAUACCUGCCGACCAGGCCACCUUUGAUUAUGUGGACAGCAGAACUCACGACGCCUAUGAGCCAAUGUACAGUGACGAUGGGUCGUGGUACGAGGUGGAGUACAGGGUCGACGUGCAGAAAUUGGAGCCCCUCGUCGCGGCCCCGCACUCUCCAGACAACAGGAAGACUGCGCACGAGUGCUCUGAAACUUGCAUCGACCGCGUCUACAUUGGCUCGUGCACUGGUGGCAAAAUGGAGAGCUUCAUGGCGGCAGCAAAGCUCCUGCACACGGCUGGGCAGCAGGUCAAGGUGCCCAUCUACCUCGUCCCCGCCACGCAAAAGGUCUGGGCUGACGUGUAUGGCCUUCUCGUGCCCGGCUGCGACGGCAGGACGGCGGCGGAGAUCUUCGAGGCGGUUGGCUGCAUCACGCCUGCGUCGCCCUCCUGUGCGGCGUGCCUUGGCGGGCCCAAGGAUACGUUUGCAAGAUUGAACGAGCCCGAGGUCGUGGUGUCCACGACCACCAGGAACUUCCCUGGGCGGAUGGGGCACAAGGAGGGGCAGAUCUACCUAGUGUCACCCUAUGCUGCUGCAGCGUCAGCCCUGUUGGCACUGUCUGCGAUCCCAGGGAAUUUUUGUAGGGGAAUUCAAUGCGUGCAGUCCGCUGGCCUGGGCAACAUGCUUUGGCAGCAGUUGUGCACUGGACGCUCUGCUUGA